UUUAUCCUGGCACAGAAAGUGCAGGGAGCUUCAGUCUUUCCCAAUAUUCACUGUUUGCACGAUCGUCAACUCUGUGCCGUGUCCCAGCGUUGAGAAAACCCUCGCAAGCUAAAAUUCAAGAGAAUGGCUCAAAUUUUUAAAGUCCUUAAAGUAACCUCCCGGCAUUUGUCUAUCAGAAGUCGAAGUUCAAACCAUUUCCCUGAUUUACAUAAGGCACGACACUUGACUGGGCCUAAAUCACAUCUGUCAAGUAUCAGUCUGUUCUCCACUCAUCAGUCGAGUAAUGUGGACUCCUUUAGUUACAUUAUAGUCGGGGCUGGUUCUGCAGGUUGUGUGUUGGCCAACCGGCUGUCUGAGAACCAUGAUGAGACUGUGCUGGUAUUGGAAGCAGGACCAAAGGAUCUCCUUUUUGGCUGCAAGAGAUUAUCAUGGAAGAUUCACAUGCCAGCCGCCUUGAUGUACAACUUAUGUGACGAUAAAUACAACUGGUAUUAUCAUACCGUACCACAAAGGCACAUGGAUGACAGGAUUAUGUACUGGCCUAGAGGUAGAGUUUGGGGUGGGUCUUCCUCUUUGAAUGCAAUGGUGUAUGUUCGAGGACAUGCAGAGGACUACAAUCGAUGGCACGCACAAGGUGCCACUGGUUGGGAUUAUAGCCAUUGUUUGCCAUAUUUUAAGAAAGCCCAGACUCAUGAACUAGGUCCUGAUCUAUACAGAGGAGGCAGCGGCCCACUACAUGUCUCAAGAGGGAAGACAAACCAUGUCCUUCAUCAGGCAUUCAUCAAAGCUGGUCAGGAAGCAGGAUACCCAUUCACUGAGGACAUGAAUGGCUACCAGCAAGAAGGAGUGGGAUGGAUGGAUAUGACUAUAAACCGAGGUCAGAGAUGGAGCACGGCUAGUGCCUAUCUACGUCCAGCAAUGGAUCGCAAGAAUGUGGCUGUCCGUGAGAAGACUCUGGUCACUAAAAUACUUUUCAAAGGAAUGAAAGCAACUGGAGUGGAGUAUGUCCAAAAUGGACAAAAGAAAAAGGCAUUUGCCAGCAAAGAAGUGAUCCUAAGUGGUGGGGCUAUAAACUCCCCCCAACUUCUCAUGCUGUCUGGAAUUGGAAAUGCCACAGACCUCACAAAAUUAGGAAUCCCUGUGAUCGCUCACCUGCCAGGAGUGGGACAGAAUCUCCAGGAUCACCUCGAGGUUUAUAUCCAGCAGAUGUGCACCAAGCCCGUUACCCUGUACAGAGCACAGAAGCCACUCAGGAUGCUUAAGAUCGGCAUAGAAUGGAUGUUGAAGUUUACGGGUUAUGGGGCUACGGCACACCUAGAGUCUGGUGGAUUCAUCCGAAGUUCCCCUGGCAUUGAGCACCCGGACAUCCAGUUCCACUUUCUUCCUUCACAGGUCAUAGAUCAUGGAAGAGUGAGUCCAGACAGAGAGGCCUAUCAGGUUCACGUUGGAACCAUGAGAGGAACGAGCACUGGGUGGUUAACACUUCGGAGCGCUGAUCCCAGUGUCCAUCCAUUCAUCAACCCAAAUUACCUUUCAACAGAAAAGGACGUAGCAGAUUUCCGUCAGUGCGUGAAGUUGUCCAGGGAGAUUUUUGCCCAAAAAGCUUUUGAUGAAUUCCGGGGACCUGAGGUCUUACCGGGUCCUAGCGUUCAGACAGACAAAGAAAUUGACGCCUUUAUCAGGCAGAAGUCGGACACCGCUUACCACCCUUCCUGCACCUGUAAAAUGGGACAGCCGACUGACACCACAGCUGUGGUUAAUCCUGACACAGAGGUCAUAGGGGUGGAAAAUCUGAGGGUUGUCGAUGCAUCCAUCAUGCCGAGUAUCGUAAGUGGCAAUUUAAAUGCCCCUACGAUUAUGCUGGCAGAGAAGGCGGCUGAUAUCAUUAAAGGAGUUCCUUCACUUGCAGAAAAUAAUAUUCCAGUCUACAAGCCCAAAAGUCUCGAAACCCAAAGAUAAUCCAUUCCCUUUACACAGGCGCAAUGUCAUCUUGAUUCACCAAGAACUACUUGUUCUGCCCACCCAGGGGAACCUAAACAUAGUCCCGUAAUUAUAUUUUUCUUAGAGACAUGUCAGUUUUAGUAAAUCAUUUUAUCCACGUGAAAUGACAGAUCUGGAGCAUUCAUUCUUAGGACUCUCUGUUGUGCCAUUCCUCUAUUAUUCCUACUACAAGUUUAUGAAUAUAUGUAAAAGCUGGGUGUUCUAUUGAUUGAGGGGGGGGGUCUCUGCACAGUCGGACACUGUCUAAUCCAGGGAUGGCCAACCUGAGGCUCUCCAGAUGUUGCAAAACUACAACUCCCAGCAUACCCAGACUGCUAACAGCUAUCAGCCUACAGCAAGGCAUGGUGGGAAUUGUAGUUUUACAACAGCUGGAGAGCCACAGGUUGGCCAUGCCUGGUCUAAUCAGUGCUGCCAGUGGCAGAUUGCGCAGGGACCCCCACCCCGCCCCAACUGGUAACAUUAUACACAGUAUAUUCCUAAAUGUCUGAACAAUAAAGGAAUGGCGCAUCACGAGUCUUAAGAAUAGAUGCUCCACAAUUGUCAUUUCACGUGGAUUCGAUUAUUUACUAAAACAGACGUGUCAGGAGAGGCGAGAGGUUCUCAUUAAUGGAAAAGAAAUUGAUUUGAAACUGAAAGAGCAGCUGCAUUUAACCUGAGGAAACAUUAGGAUAUAAUGUUACGAGAAAUCGCUUUUAAGGGCUCAUGCACACGAACGUGUGCCGGCCAGUCCUGUAUUGCAGCCCGCAAACCUAUUCACUUCAAUGAGUCUGCAAUCCAGAAGGUGCGUUGCAGAACGAAGGCACAGAAGCACUAUGGGGUGUUCUAUUUUUUGGCAGUGCGGAUGGAUCACGGACCCAUUCAGGAUGAAUGGGUCUGCAUCCGUCUGUGAAAACCGCACAGAUGUUGCUCAUGCCUUGGGGACCGCAAAUUGCACGGAACGGGCAGAACACCUUUGUGUGCAUGAGGCCUAAGGCUGAGUUCACACUUCAGUUAUUUGGUUAGUGUUUUCCAUCAGUUAUUUGGAGCCAAAACCAGGUGCGGGUUAGAAACACAGAACAGGAGGAAAUGUUUUCAUUAUACGUUAUCCCUGUGUUGGCUUCACUACUGGUUUUGGCUCACAAUAAGGGUCCAUUCACACGUCCGCAUCUGUUACGCAAUUUGGCGGAACAGGUGCGGACCCAUUCAUUCUCAAAAGGGCCGGAAUGUGCUGUCCGCAUCCG